CAUACUCUCAUCAUCUAAUAGACUAUAUCUAGCAAGCUAGCUACCAUGGCCAACUCAAAGCUUUUCUGUAUUCUUCUCCCUCUGCUUUUCAUUGCUGCUAUGCAGACAGCCAUGGCGGCCGACCCUCUCUUCUAUAACUGUUCAAGGUUUGGAAACAUCCCUCCCAAGUUCGGCCAAGAAAGUAACCUAAAAAGACUUUUGGAUAACCUCACCUCCACAACACCAAUCAACGGCGGUUUUAGCUCCGCCUCCGCCGGUCAAAUAAACUACAUAAUCUACGGCCUUGCGCUCUGCCGUGGCGACGUCUCCACCACAGACUGCAGGUCUUGCCUAGCCGACGCCAGGACCAGGAUACGCCAACUUUGCGGCUACGCCGAUGGCGCCAUCAUAUGGUACGACAAUUGUCUAAUCAAGUACGCCGAGUAUAAUUUCUUUGGGAAGAUAGACAACGUCAAUAAGUUCUACCUGUCGAACACUGAACCCGUGAGUAACCCCAACGUAUUCAUCCCGACAAGGAACCAGCUAAUGAGGCAACUGGCGGCAAAGGCCGCCGGGCAGAAUAGCUUUUACGCGGCCGGAGAUGCGAACGUCGGGUCGGCGGGAUCGAUGAAGGUGUACGGCUUGGUUCAGUGCACCAGGGAUCUCUCCGGCGAGGAUUGUAGGAACUGCCUCAACGGCGCCAUUGCGGAGCUCCCACAGUGCUGUGGUCCCCAACAGGGAGGAAGAGUUGUGGGAGGGAGUUGCAGCGUCAGAUAUGAAAUAUAUGGUUUUUACAAUUGAAAUGAAAUGCAGUGAAGAAACGCUAGCCAGGCCAGCAUGUUUAAUAUGUAUGUUAUCUAUAAUAAGGGAAAAUAAAUAUAAAUAAAAGGGGCACAUGUGUGACUUGUGAGAGUUGUCCCUAAUAACCAAGUUUGAGUCCUCGGUAUGUGUUAUACUCCCUCCGUCCCAUUUUACCUGUCUUACUUUUUCUUUUUUGUCCGUCCCAAAAUAUUGUCCACUUUCUAAAAAUGAACAUAAUUAUUCUUUUA